AUGGCAGCUCCCAUACCAGGAGACAGGUUUGUGAGAACCUUGCGACACUAUUUAGAGGCAAACGAAAGUCGCUUAUUAGCAGUUCAACCCAAUUUUCAACCACAACAAGCAACCAUCAAAGAAGAACCACCAGCAACAAACGCACAGCAAGAUAAUGGCAUAUUGAAAGCCGUUUCAUCAUUAUGGAGUAAUAAUAACAAUAGCAACGGCUCUUCAUCGGCGGCGCGUUCAACUGCUGCUUCUACCACCACCAACAGCGCCAACACAACAACAGCAAAGAGUAGACCUAGUUCUCUUUACGGUAUUCCCAUCCCUUACAUGUCUCUGUUGGCUGCUGCCUCUCCUAAUGCGACAUCACUUUCAAACACACCGUACAUGCCACUUCGCUCUAGUCUGACAUUGGACAUUCAUUAUCUCUACUUUUUGCUGGUGCAGUUUGAGUAUUUAGGCUUGGAAGACACUCAUUUGCCUGUACCCGAGCAUGGACUUGUCGAGACUGAAACAACAAUGGACCAUGGUGGCAGAGCGCCGUCCAUCUCAUCCGUGGGCUCUGUCAUGUCCACUCUCUCGCUCUCCACAGGAUGGCAGUUUUGGUCCUCCAAUCAGCAUCAAAAGCAAGAUCGACCCUUACAUGAAGACAUUGUGUAUAUCCAUCGCUAUUUGUCUAAAGUCACUGCUCUCAAGUUACAUAUGAAUAUUUUGAUUGAUACCCAACAUGGUGUAACCAAAAGCGGCCAGCGUACCAUCCGUGGCUAUGAAACGCCUUUACCGCAAGAUGGAUCCGUUGCCCUCUCGCUGAAAUGCUUUAAGAACCUCCAAUUUCUAGAAUUAUCCAACAUCAACCCUCGCUGCAUCGACCACUGGCCUGAUUUGCACACAUCGCUGACAAGUCUUGUCAUUAAAUCAGGCAACAUUGAUAAUGCAGCCGAUAUCAUUGGCACAGAAACACCUUGGUCGGAACUCAAGAUGCUGUCUCUACAAGAUAAUAGCCUGACUACCAUGGAAGACGAACCAGCGCAUCUUAUUCGAUCCAUCACCCAUUUGAACCUGUCGAGCAACUUGCUGAUCGACAUUCCCGCUGCAUUGGCUUCCUUGUACAACUUGUCCUGUCUGAAUUUAUCGCACAACAUGAUUUCGUUUACCACUGGCAUCAACACGGUAUUGGGAAACAUUCAGGAACUAGAUCUGAGAGGCAAUCGAUUGACUGUCUUGGCGGGUUUGGAUCGAUUAUGGGCCUUGGAGAGAUUGGACGUGCGUGAUAACCGUAUUGACGAUGCUGCAGAGAUUGGCAGAUUGACUGCACUGCCCAACAUUAGCGACAUUUGGGUCGAAGGAAAUCCAUUUACCAAGUUGCAGCCGGACUAUAGAGUCGACAUAUUCUCCGUGUUCAAAAAGAGUGAUUUAGACAUUGAGCUGGAUGGUACCAAGCCAACAUUUGCCGAGCGACGUCGUAUACAAGUGCCAACGCAUGGCAACUCUGCCACCAUAUCAGCUACGAUAGCCACCACAGAGCCUAAUGCGGCCAAGAAAUGGCCCGCUGCACAAUCACAACAACAGGAAGAUGGCAACAGUAUUACGAGUCAUAGUACAGCGCCUGUAGUUACUAGCAAAAAGAUAGCUCGGGCAAAAACAAAGGGAAACAAACGUCAGAUUCGCUUGGGACAAGCCGCCAUAGAAGAAGAUAUACCUAUUCCUGCUGCUGCUGCUGCUGCUGCUGCUGAGGAGGAAAACAACAAGAAGCAUGUGCAUCGAUUAGCAGAUUUAGAAGAAGCUGUGCAGCAAGAACAAGUGAGUGCUAGAAGAGCAGCUUCUGUACGCUCCCGUCGUAGCAAAAAGGGUUCCUCAGCAGAAGAAAAGGCAGCAGCAACUGCAGCAGCUCUUUCUGGAGAAUCUACAAAGAAAUCAUCAGAGGCUUUUCGAAAGAAGAUUGAAGCAAUGCGACGAGAAGCAGGUACAGAAUGGCUUCGUGUGUUGCAGGAAAUGGACGUUGUCAAAAAGACGCCCUAG